UCAGAAACUGUCUUUGAGACACAGCUUACCAAGAAAUUGGGAUAUUAUAAAAUGUUUGAAGUUCUGUAUUCCCGCCUCUCCAGAGAUGAAAUUUAUUCAAAGCAAUCCAGAAUAAAUCAUGCUUUUGAAGGAUCGUCUAACGUAGAAGGAAAUCAACUAAACAAGACUUUAAUCAAAUUGUGUUACGAUGCAUAUACUGAGAAUAUGAGUGGUGAAAGCCAGCUCCUGGAAAAGAGGCGAGAAUAUCAUUGUGCUGCAUAUAACUGUGCUGUGGCAGUUGUGAUUUGCACUCAGACUGACAGCAAAUUCUACUAUGGCUUUCUUCUCUCAGAAAAAAAGGAAAAGAAUGUGCUCAUACUUGAAAAUAUAAUCGACCUUCAAAGACAGUACUCAUUUCCCAUAGAAGUUGAGGUGCCAAUGGAACGAAGAAAGAGGUAUUUUACUAUACGUAAGGAAGCAAGAGAAGCGGCAAAUGCAGAUUCUGAUGAACCCCAGUACUUAUCUUCACAGUCAUACAUGGCUGAUAGCAGCCUGAGUGAGGAAAUGAGCCAGUUUGAUUUCUCUACUGAGUCCAGAGUUUUUCCUACAGUUCCCAGGAUCCUAUGAAAUCGCAGAGACGUAACAGAAAGAAGGAACUGAGCUCAGAGACUCGGGCACCAGAUGAUGUGAUGGAGUUUGAAAUGGAUGAACUGAAUCAGCAUGAAUGUAUGACAACUAUGUCUGGACUGAUUAAACACAUGCAACGAAAUGAAAUCACACCGAAAGUGGAAGAAGGAGUCACACCACAAGAUUUGCCCCUAUGGAUGAAAUUUUUGCAUACCAAACUUGGAAACCCAUCCACCCAACUGAACAUUCGUCUUUUCAUUUCCAAACUUAUUGUCAAUAGUGAAGAGGUUUUCCGACCUUAUGCAAAGUUUUGGAUUGGCCCCAUGUUGCAGUUGGUUGUGUCUGGAAAUAAUGGCGGCACAGGAAUUCAUUACAUGGUGGUAGAGACAGUUGUGACCCUUUUGUCUUGGUCAAGCAUUGCAACACCAACAGAGCUUGCAAAGGAUAAGAUCCUGGCUAACAGAUUGCUUGAAUUCUUGAUGACACAUGCAUUUCAUGAAAAGAAGGCAGUGUUCAGGCACAAUCUUGAGAUCAUCAAAACAAGCCUGGAAUGCUGGAAGGAUUGUCUUUCUGUUCCAUACAAGGUAAUAUACGAAGGUUUUUCUGGCACUGACCCUGACAAGAAAGAUAACUCUGUAGGAAUUCAGUUAUUGGGUUUAGCUGUGGCUAAUAACUUUCCUCCAUUUGACCAAAAAUGUGGCAUUGAUUCUGACCGGUACUUUAAAGCACUAGCCAACAAUCUUACAUUUACAAGAUUUAAAGAGGUUUAUGCGGCAGCAGCAGAAGUACUGGGACAUGUCCUUCAUUACAUUGCUGAGAAAGAGAAAAUCGUAGAAGGCCCAGUGUUUGACUGUGUGGUAGAAAAACUAAAGCAACAUCAUGCCAGCAAUAAAGAAGACAAGUUUAUAAUGUGUUUGAACAAAGUAGUGAAGAAUUUCCCCAUAUUUGCAGACAGGUUCAUGGCCGUUAUUCUUUUCUUGUUGCCAAAACUGCAUGGAGUUCUGAAGACCCAGUGUCUGGAGAUAAUAAUGUGCAGGGCUGAGGAAAUACCAGACCUUUAUAUUGAGCUAAAAAAUAAGGACUUCAAACAGAUUAUGAGCAACCGAGAUGAUGAAAGGCAGCGGGUAUGUCUAGAUAUCAUAUACAAGAUGUUACCCAAACUGAAACCUACAGAGUUGCAAGACCUUCUGCCUUCUGUCACUGCAUUUAGCUCACACAAUUUUCCCAUUUGUCGUGAACGGAUGUAUGACAUUUUGAUGUGGAUAUACGAUAACUACAGAGAUCCAGAAAGCCAGUUAGAUAAUGAUUCACAGAAUAUUUUCACCAUGGCUAAGGAAGCAUUACUGGAAGGACUGGUGGAUGAAAAUGCAGAACUCCAGCUUAUUGUCAGGAAUUUCUGGAGCAAUGAAACUCGGUUACCAACUGGCACAAUGGAUCGUAUGUUAGCUGUGCUUAGCUCUUUAUAUUCCAGUAAAAUUGAAAAGCACUUUUUAAGCUUGGCCACCAACCUGUUGCUUGAAAUGACCAGCGGGAGUCCAGAUUAUAUCAAGCAAAUGUUUGAGUAUCCCCUGUCAGAAUGCAAGUUCCAGGACUACACAGUUGAUUCCAACUGGCGCUAUCGCAGCACUGUUCUCACACCAAUGUUUGUGGAAACUCAGGCUUCUCAAAGCAGCUACAGGUCUACAACACAAGGAUCUUUGUCAGAGGCAGAGCCAGGGGCAGACCAACUGAGAGCCACUCAGCAGCACUAUCAGUUUACACCCACACAGAAUAAAGGUGGCAGAAAUUCUUAUAAUUGGCUUACUGGAAGUAGCAUGGACACGCUUACUGAUUACUCUUUAGAUUCUUCAGAGUCCGUGUCCUCAGCACUGCUCUUUACAAGCAGACGGAUUGACAAAACACGUAGGGGCCAAUUAAAACCCUUGGGUCCUAACUUUGGAAAACAGAGGCUGGGGCUUCCUGGAGAUAAAACGGACAGCAAAGCCAAAGGCAUAGUUGAAACAACUGAAAUAUGGAGACUGCGCAGACGGUUUUUGAAGGACCAAGAAAAGAUAAGUAUCAGCUUUGCAAGAAAGGGAGUAGCAGAACAGAAAAGAGAAAAGGCAAUAAAAAUCGAGCAACAGAUGAAGCAAGAUGCUCAAGUCAUUCUGUAUAGAAGUUACCGGCAUGGAGACUUGCCAGAUAUUCAGAUUACAUACAGUUCACUCAUUGCCCCUCUGCAAGCAUUAGCACAUAGAGACCCUACUCUAGCAAAACAAUUAUUCAGUUCAUUGUUUUCUGGGAUCCUGGAAGAAAUAAGCUCAUCCCACAUGAACAACAUUGUAACAAAACUGCUUAGUCAAUUCAACCACUUCUUGAGCAGCACAGUGGCUUACUUCCCACCUUUCAUUGCUUGUGUCCAAGGGUCUAUGCAGCUGCCUCCUAGUUUCCCCUGUCAGCCGCCACUCACUCCUGCUGGUCCUCCUCUCUGCUCUACACACCCGCAAUGCGGGACCGACACCCUUCUCCCAGCCAUACUGAGCAGCCCCCUGGAACAUUCCUACAGAGCUGGAAACCACGCUGACCAGGUCACGAGGUAUGUCUUAUGCCGUACUCCUACUUUCUCAGGUGGCGCACCGGAGCUCCUAAAGCACGCUUCCUGUCGGCGUCAUGUUCAGGCCCCACGUGCUCCAGUCCAGUUCUGA